GCGAGCGGGCCGCGGCGGCGACGGCGGCGGGGGACACCACCCUGGGGAGCCUCCUGGGCCUCAGCCGGAGCUGGCGCCGCCUGCAGGGCCUGCUGGGUGACAGCAGCAGCAGCAGCGGCGGCGAGGAGGAGCCGGAGGAGUUCCUGGGCUUCCAUUUGGAGGAUGACGCGUCUCAGACCUCGCUCCGUGCUGCUCUACGAUCUAAAAGAGGGGCAGCUCUGCCAGCACGCGGCAGGAAGAAAAGGGCGCUUGCUGAGGACACCCUUUCCAAGAGGCUGGCCAAGCAGAAGGCUGCGGAGUCCCAGCGGGAGCGUAUGGUGAAGGCCUUGGCUGAGCUUCUUCAGAGGAACAAGAGGCCUCCUGGAAGGGUGGGCCGACAUCCGGCUUCUGGAGCCAAAGUUGGCAGGAUGCUUCCUGAACAGUCCAAACCAGGCCCAGAGCCUGGCGAUCCCCUCAAGCCCACCAUCUCCCCCACCCUCCCACCACAAACGGAGAAGCCCCUCAACUCCAUUGUGUCACCCAGGCCACGAGGCCGGCCACGGGGCUCCUCCACAAAGAGAACCGUCACGCGGCCUGCUUGUCCAAGCACCAAAGCUCCACCUUCCCUCCCCGAACCCGACAGCAGCACUCGGCCGCCUCCGCCGUGCCAGGUGGUCAGCCCGCCUUCUCCAGCCCCUGAACCGUUGAAGAAACCGCCGCUCAUCCUGAAGUUCUUCUCCAAGGCCAAGCGGCACAAGUCCGGCCAGUUUGUAGUGACACAUGUCCGGCUAAAGACCCCCAGCCAUCGGAGGGGACGCAAGAGGAAGUGGAGUGUCGUGCCGAGGAAGAAAUCCUCCCCCCUUCCCUCCCAGUCUGUCUCUGAAUCAGAGGCCCCCUUAUCGGAGUCGUCGGAUGCCUCUGCUCCAGAACCAGAACAGAAAGAGGAGUCUUCUACUCCAGAGCCGCAGCCGGAAGUUCUUGCCCCAGAUCCGGAGCCACAACCAGACCUUUCUGCCCUGAAGCCGGAGCUGCAGCCCGAGGCGAUUGCUCAAGAAACACUAGAACCUCCGGCCUCGGAGCCAGAGGUCGCUGUGCUGGAACCAGAGGCUCCGGUGCCUGGCGGCGCCGUUCCUGCUUCCCCCAACAGGGUAUCCUCGAAACAAGGGCUCCAGCAGCCCGGCCCUUCCGAGGAGGGCCCUGCCAGCAUUGCCCAUUCCACACGGGCGCGGUGGCGGUGCUCGAAACGGGGCCGUGGCCGUGGCCGUGGCCGUGGCCGGCCACCCCUCAUUGCUACUCAGCGGGCCCAGUGGGCAGCUAGUCAGCAGCUGCCAGCCAAAGCCAGGGAGGAGCCGACGGUGGCACAGCAGCCUGCCGUCCCUGGCUCCGAGGAGGUGCCAGCUCACAAGGCCACCUUCCUGAAGAACAUCCGUCAGUUCAUCAUGCCCGUGGUGAGCGCCCGCUCGUCGCGCCUCAUUCGCACCCCCCGCCGCUUUAUGGACGAGAUCCCGCAGAAGACGGCCAAGCCUGUGGAAAGCCCUGCGGCUGAAGGGCCUUGCCUAGACAAGCAGGAGACUCCAGAGGGGCCGUCGCAGGUGGCUCCCCUGCAGCUGACUUCCCCAGCCCCUGGCUCUCCUGACAAAGACUCCUCCAGGGCCCUCUCACCCCCACCUUCCCCUAGCCUGCCCCACGUCACUUCCUCUGCUCCUUCCCUGCCGGAGAAGCGCCGUUCCAUCCUCCGGGAGCCCACAUUCCGAUGGACCUCGCUGAGCCCCACGUCGUCCCCCAAGGAUAUGGGCAAGGCCCUCUUUCAGCUUCCGUGUGAAGAUUCAUCUCCUUUGCCCAGUGCUCCAGCACCGAUCCCUUCUCCCUCAGCCAAGCGAACCCCUCUGCUGCGGGCCCCUCAGUUCACGCCCAGCGAGGCACACCUUAAAAUCUACGAAUCGCUGACGGUGUCUCCUGAGGAAUCUGAACUGGUGCCAGCUUCCCCCGAGGUCAGGAGGGACCCCCCGGCACCGCAGCAAGAGGUCCCCAUGCUCCCUUACGAACCAGUCGUGACCCGGAGCGGGAAGAAGCUAUUGGGAAGGGCGAACCACCUCGCUUUGCCCCUCUUCACGGAGGUUCCUAGACCACAUGAGGCCCAGGGCAAAGAGCUGAUCACUAUGGAGGAUGUCAAUUCCCCUGGUGUGGUGCACAAGGUGGCCAUCCGAAGGGUUCUACCUCCGUCUGUCCGAGCAGAGGAGGAGGAGGAAGCAGAUAGUUCGGAGGGCGAAGUGGAGCCAGCUUGCCUGGGCUCAGACGAACGGAAGCCCCCUCAGGAGGAGCCGAAGCCCAUCAUAACGCAACUGUCAAGCAUGGAUAAAGUAUACAGCCUCCUCACUCGUGCCAAGGUGCAGCUCUACAAAAUUGACCAGCAGAAGCAGUUCAAAUUUAUUCCGGGGUGUCAGAGCAUCAAGGCAGAGGCAUUUGAGGUUCCAAAGAUCCCAACCAAGCAGGAGGCAACUUCUGAACUCAAAGCGGCUGGAGAAGACGCGAAAGACGCCAGGAAGCAGGGCCAGGAGUCCCCAGUCCAGGGCCCUCGGAUCAAGCAUGUGUGUCGGCAUGCUUCGGUGGCCCUGGGGCAGUCCCGCGCCAUGGUGCCGGAGGAUGUGCCCCGCCUCAGUGCCCUGCCGCUGCGGGAGAGGGAGGAGAUUGCUGCAUCACCCACUGUAGAAGAGACCUCCUCGGCCUCCGAGAGCGAGAGCGGCCAUCAGAAGCAAGUGAAGGCAGAUACCGCUGUCAAGGCCGCCCCGCCUCCUGUCCGCCGCCACGUCUCCCACCACCACCACCACCACCAUGGCAAGAAGAACCGGAUGACCCGCUGUGGGAAGUGCAAGGGCUGCCUGAAGUUGCAAGACUGCGGGGAGUGCAUCAACUGCCUAGACAAGCCAAAGUUUGGCGGGCCAAACACCAAGAAGCAGUGCUGCGUGUAUCGGAAGUGUGACAAGAUUGAGGCCCGACGGGUGGAGCGUCUGUCUAAGAAAGGCCGUGCAGUAGUGAAGCCCAUCGUCCCCUGGGAUUCGGAGGAUUCUCAAGAAGAGUUCCCAGCCCCCUGGGAGGUCAUGCUUGGGGCCACGGAGACGGCCGAGCAAGACUCCUUGCUGCAGCGCAAGUCAGCCCGGCGCUGCGUCAAGCAGAGGCCCUCCUAUGACAUAUUUGAAUCCUCUGACUCAGACACGGAACCGGUGUCUGGCUCAGCCACGCAUCGCCGGAAAUCCUCCCGGGACUCAGAUCUGCUUCCUAUGGACUCGGAGGAGCAGAGCCGACCCCGCAGAACCCCUCUGCAGCCUGUGGUGCAGCUGAAGGCCAGAAAGAAGCCCGAGAAGGUGAGGCUUCUGCAAGGGGAUGUCUCUUCUGGCACACUCCCAUCCUUUUCCAACGGCUGGAAUGGGAAGCAGAAAUCCACGGAUGGCAUCCACCGGCUCAGGGUUGAUUUCAAGGAAGACUGUGACCUGGAGAACGUCUGGCUGAUGGGCGGCCUGAGCAUCCUCACCUCGGUGCCGGUCACCACGCAGGUGGUGUGCCUACUCUGUGCUAGCAAGGGCUUCCAUCAGCUUGUGUUCUGCCAGGUGUGUUGUGACCCCUUCCAUGUCUUCUGCCUGGAGGAGGACGAGCAGCCGCUGCCCGAACAGGAGGAAAGCUGGUGCUGUCGCCGCUGCAAAUUCUGCCAUGUCUGUGGCCGCAAAAACAAGGCAUCCAAGCAACUGCUGGAGUGUGAACGCUGCAGGAACUGUUAUCACCUGGCUUGCCUUGGGCCCAACUACCCCACUAAACCUUUCCGUAAGAGGAAGGGCUGGAUCUGUUCAGCCUGCAUCCGUUGCAAGAGUUGCGGGACAGCUCCAGGGAAGAACUGGGACACCGAGUGGUCUAGUGACUACAGCUUGUGCUCUGCCUGCUCUGUGCUAUAUGAUAAAGGUAACUACUGCCCGAUCUGCUUGCACUGCUAUGAAGACAACGACUAUGAGAGCAAGAUGAUGCAGUGUGCCAAGUGUGACCACUGGGUUCAUGCCAAGUGUGAGGGACUUUCAGAUGAGGGCUACGAGAUCUUGUCCAACUUACCCGAAAGUGUCGUAUAUGCUUGCCGGCCCUGCUGUGGCAGCGACAAGACCAAGUGGCGCGAGGUCCUCAGCUCGGAGCUGCGCAAGGGUCUCCGGCAGGUGCUCCAGGGCCUGCUGAGCACCAAGUGCGCCAUCCCACUGCUGCAAUGUGCACAGUGUUGCCCGGAUGAUGGCGUGAAGGUCCACCUGCGGCCCUGUGACCUGCGCACCAUCAACAAGCUCUUUGAACAAGGUCACUACUCAUCUGUGCACAGCUUCAAUGAGGACAUGGUGGGGGUCCUGUUGGGGCAGACGGAGGAGGAGCAGACUGGCCUUACUGCCAAGGCACUCUACAUCGAGCUGAUGGGAAAGUUCUUCAGCUGGUUUGAUGCUCAGGAUUCAAAGCACUGGACCCGCAACAACACCCUCCCCAAUGGCAUGCUCCCCAAUGCUGUCCUGCCUCCCUCCUCGGACCACAUCUACGCUCAGUGGAGGCAGCCUGAGGAAGCCAGCCCGGCUGCCAACAGUCAUCUGACUUCCGCUGGCCCCGAAAAGACGGCUGGGAAAGACACAGAGCAUGCCUUGCCACAGAAGCCAUUGGCUGACCCCGAGGACAAGAGACAGUGCGCCCUGUGCCUCCAGUAUGGCGAUGCUCCCUCCAAGGAUGCGGGGAGGCUGCUGUACAUUGGCCAAAAUGAGUGGACUCACGUCAACUGUGCCAUUUGGUCAGCCGAGGUCUUUGAGGAAAACGACGGCUCUCUGAAGAACGUACACGCCGCUGUGGCCCGGGGCCGGCAGAUGCGCUGCGAACACUGUCAACGCACGGGUGCCACCGUCGGCUGCUGCCUUUCCGCCUGCCUCAGCAACUACCACUUCAUGUGCGCCCGCCUCCGUCACUGCACCUUCCAGGAUGACAAGAAAGUCUUCUGCCAGAAGCACGUUGACCUCCUAGAUGGGACGGAGAUAGUCGCUGAAGAUGGGUUCGACGUCUUGCGCCGCGUCUACGUUGACUUUGAGGGCAUCAGCUUUAAGAGGAAAUUCAUGGUGGGCCUGGAGCCGGACACAGUCAGCAUGAUGAUAGGCUCUAUGAAGAUCGACAGCUUGGGGAUGCUGACGGAUUUGUCUGAGUGCGAGGGACGCCUCUUCCCUGUAGGCUAUCAGUGUUCUCGGGUUUAUUGGAGCACGGUGGAUGCCCGCAAGUGGUGCUGGUAUAAAUGCCGCAUCCUGGAGUACCGGCCAAAGCUGAGCCAAGAGGAGCCAGAUGCGUUGGGAGUGCAGGAAGAGAACCACACCAUCGUGCACAGCCCUGCUGUCCCUGCAGAUCUGAACCUCGGAGAAAAGCGCCUUCAGGACGCGCCCCUUCCACUGCCGCCCGUGGAGCGUCACUCUCCAGCACAGAACCCAGGGCCCCUGCCACCCCCGGAGCCGGCUGCUUCCAAGCCCAAAUCUCUCUCCGGCGCUCGCAUCAAAGUGCCCAACUACUCCCCGACUCGGCGGCCCAUCAGUGGGGUGUCGUCCCGCCCACUGCCUUCUCCUGGGAGCGCGUCGUCCAUGUCCCACCACAUCCUGACUGUGGGCGACCCAGACUUCCCCCCUCCCCGCCGCACUCAACGCCUCAGCCCCCUGUCGCCUAGCAGCGCCCCCCGCACCCGCCGCUCCCCGCACCCGCCCCAAGCCACGGCGAACAGGACUAGCCCCCCCAGCACCUCUCUCAGGGCAAUGCCGCCCCUCCCAGACCACCCCCCGGCUGGGAGCGGCUUCAGGCAUCCUUCUACCUCAGCCGGGACUGAGGGGCAGCCGCCCCUAGCUACCUCACCCCCUCCUCCCUCGCCCCCGCCGGUGCCGCCGGAGCUGGCGUUUGAGCUCAACGUCUCCGACUUGGAAUUCGACGACAGCCUCCUCGACGAGCCCUUCCAGGAGGAAGAAGAGGAGGAGGAGGAGGAGGAGCUGGGCAGGCCGCGGACGGAGCCCCCCUCGCCCAGCCUGGGCCUGCCCCAGUUGGACGGGCUGGGGGACGGCGAGAGCGAGGAGGAAGGUGAGGCGGGCCGCUACUUCCGCUUCCCGCGCACGGUGGUGACGCGGGAGCCGCCCCUGCCGCCGUACCCGCUGGACCUCCCCCUGCCCCACAUCCACCAGCUGGACGGCAUCGACGACGGCACCGACAGCGAGGCCGACGCGGCGGGGGGCCACCCUUCCGCCAAGGGCAAGCAGGCCGAGCGAGAGCUGGCGGGCCCCGCCCCCGCCCCCGAGGACUUGCCUUCCGACAUCGUGGACUUUGUGCUGAAGAACCUGGACGCGCCCGAGAGCAAAGCCCCGCUGCCUCCUUCCUGCCUCAGUCCGGUGCCGCUGCCCCCGGCGCCCCCUACCUCGGCCAGCCUCAACGGCAUGGAGUCGGCCCAGCCCAGCCCCGCUCCAGAGCUGGCCCCCUCGCUAACCCUCAGUUGCGCCCAGCUGCCGGGCGCCCCCGAGGUGAAGGUGCUAAGCCCCGACGGGCAGAAGCCCGGCUCCCGGAUCAUUCUCGUGAACAAGCUGGGGCAGGUGUGCGUGAAAGUGCAGGGCGAGGAAGGCGGGUUGAACGCUCAGGAAGGGGAGCAGGCCUCCAGCUACAAGGCCAAGGCCAAUCCGGCGCAGCCGCUGCCGCCCCCUGCGCCCGCCCCCAGCCUCGGCACGGUCAUCUUGCGGGCGCCCCUGGGCCUGGGCCCUAGCCCCUUGCCCACUUGGACCAUCCGGGGUCCGGUGCUGAGCAUGGUGCCCAUGAUGAACGUCGUGGGCGCCUCUCCUCAGACUGUGGGCAGCGGGCAGUUGGCGUUGGGGGCCCCAGCUCUGGUGACGCCUUCGUUGGGGCUCCAACAGACUUGCCUCCUUCAGCCCGUGGCCGUCAAUUCCGGCGUGCUCAGCAUUCCCGGCUUGAUGUCCUUGCCUGGCCCCCGCCCGGCCAUCCGGGUCAAGCGAGUCUCCACCUUUGUCGGAAACGUGCCUGUCAAGAAGGUGAAGCUGGACGGGGCCAGCGAGGAGGAGUUGUUGCCCAUAUCGCCAACAGUGACUCCUGACCACUUGGCUAAUAAUUGUAUUUCGGGCAGUUCGGUGGGCUCUGGCAUCGGGAGGGUGCGGAUGAAGACUCCCACAGCCAAGGGUGUCCUAGACCUGGACGCGCUCAAAGAGGAGCCGGGCGCUGUCGGCGAGAACGAGCUGUCUCCGAUGGAGCACUCCCCCUCCUUGAUAGCAUUGCACUCCCGUCCCGCAACCCCAGAGCAGAACCAGGAGCCUGUACUGGAACCGGUCUGGCACAGAUAUGCAGGGGAUCUCACCAGCUCAGACGAGGACAACCUGAACCAGGAGGACAAAGAGAACGAGAUGCCCCGCAAAACGCAGCCCCACCUGUGCUUCGAGAUCACCAGCGAGGAUGGCUUCAACGUGCAGGCUGACAGCAUUGACGGAGCCUGGAAAGCAGUGAUUGAGAAGGUUCAAGAGGCCCGCACCAACGCCCGGCUCAAGCACCUGUCCUUUGCAGGAAUGAAUGGGGUGCGUAUGCUGGGGAUGCAUCACGACGCUGUCAUCUUCCUGGUGGAACAGCUGCACGGCGCCAAGGCCUGCCACAAGUACAAGUUCCGAUACCACCAGCAUGAAGGCGAGGAGGAGGAGCUGCCACUCAACCCUCACGGCUGCGCCCGAGCCGAGGUCUACGUCAGGAAGUGCACCUUCGACAUGUUCAACUUCCUGGCAUCCCAACAUCGUGUACUUCCCGAGGGAGGCCCCUAUGACGAAGAGGAGGAUGAAGUACAGCUCAAAUCCACCAGGCGAGCCACCAGCCUGGAGCUACCCAUGGCCAUGCGGUUUCGGCACCUGAAGAAAACCUCCAAGGAAGCUGUGGGCGUGUACAGGUCAGCCAUCCACGGCCGGGGUCUGUUCUGCAAGCGUAAUAUCGAUGCAGGCGAGAUGGUGAUUGAAUACUCGGGCAUCGUCAUCCGCUCAGUGCUUACAGACAAGCGUGAAAAGUACUAUGACAGCAAGGGCAUUGGAUGCUACAUGUUCCGCAUCGACGACUUUGAUGUGGUGGACGCCACCAUGCACGGCAACGCCGCCCGCUUCAUCAACCACUCCUGUGAGCCCAACUGCUACUCGCGUGUCAUCCACGUCGAGGGCCAGAAACACAUCGUCAUCUUUGCCCUACGGCGCAUCUUCCGUGGCGAGGAGCUCACCUACGACUACAAGUUCCCCAUUGAGGAUGCCGGCAGCAAGCUACCGUGCAACUGUGGGGCCAAGCGUUGCCGCCGCUUCCUCAACUGAAGACGUGCCCCUCACCUGAACGCCUCGGAUCCGUACCCUAUCCCAGCCCUUCCCUGGAAUCAUGCCAAGGGGGCGUGCCAAGCGGCAUGGACGGAGCUUAACCUCGCCAUACCUCCCUACGUGGGUUGCUGCAGGACUAACACGUCCAUUCAGUUCCUUGAGGUGUGGAGCUGACUCCUCUCCAGGGAGCAUCAGCGCUGCCCAUUUUGUGUGGGAAGAGGCUCCUGGCAGCGUCCCCGUCAUUUCUGAAUUUGUAGCUUGAAAUUAUGACAAGCAGAGAUAUGGGGCAAACGUGGGAAGGGUGACUCCCCUGGACCUCUAAUUUGUGCCCAUCUGCUUUGCAGUUCCGAUUUUUCCUAUCCCCCCCCCCCCCCCCGUGGGGUGAGAACAGCAUUUUCUUUGAUUUUGUAUUUUAAAAUUUUGCGUUCUCCCGCAACCCUCCCGCUUAGAUUCUCUGUUUAAAGAAAAAAGGAAGAAAGAAAAAAAACCCCAUCAAACCCAGGAGGAUGUAAAUAUUUGUACAAAUUUCUAAACCUGUUUAUUUUCUAUGCACUUUUUUAUUUAAGAUGCUCAGUCAACUCAGACGGUAAAGGGUUGGAUUCUUGUUGGUAUAAUUUUAAAUAAAACGCAAUUUUGACA